ACCGUGCGGUCGUGUUGCAAGUGACAGCUAUCUUGUUAUUAUCUUUAUUAAAGAUUAUUAUUACUACCUGCGCCGGUUUUAAAGUAAAACGAAGAUGGAGAAUAACGUGUAUAGUGAUUAUAGAAGCCCAUUGUCGACCAGAUACGCUUCGAAAGAAAUGCGAUACAACUUUAGUGAACAAAAGAAAUUCAGCACAUGGCGUAAACUUUGGGUAUACCUUGCGAAGGCUGAAAUGAAACUUGGAUUGUCUAUUACGCAAGAACAAAUCAAAGAAAUGGAGAUGCACAUCGAUGAUAUCGAUUUUGAUGCAGCUGCCAAAGAAGAAAAAGCUACAAGACACGAUGUUAUGGCUCAUGUGCAUGUUUUUAGUAAACAAUGUCCUAAAGCAGCACCUAUCAUUCAUUUGGGUGCUACUAGUUGUUACGUUGGUGACAAUACCGAUCUACUGUUACUUCGUGACGGGUUUGAAAUUCUUUUGCCAAAACUGGCAAAGGUCAUAGAAAAUCUUAGCAAAUUUGCCAAAGAACAUGCUAGUCUUCCAACAUUGGGUUUCACCCAUUUACAACCAGCUCAACUAACGACAGUCGGUAAAAGAGCUUCUCUUUGGCUUCAUGAUCUACUGAUGGACGAACGUGCAAUUGUACGUGCUAAAAAUGAUCUUAAGUUUCGCGGUGUCAAAGGUACAACAGGAACACAGGCAUCAUUUCUUCAAUUGUUUGAUGGUGAUAGUGAAAAAGUAAAACAAUUGGAUGCACUAGUAACACAAAUGGCUGGAUUCGAGAAGCAUUAUUCUGUUACAGGACAAACUUAUAGUAGAAAAGUAGACGUAGAAUGUUUGAAUGUUUUAAGUUCCUUAGGUUCUACCGUUCACAAGAUUUGUACGGACAUCAGAUUAUUGGCUAAUAUGAAAGAAUUAGAAGAACCAUUCGAGAAGACACAGAUAGGAUCAAGUGCCAUGCCUUAUAAAAGGAAUCCAAUGCGUUCCGAAAGAUGUUGCAGCAUUGCACGUCAUUUGAUGACGUUGUUUAAUAAUACUCUUCAAACUGCAUCUGUACAGUGGAUGGAAAGAACAUUGGACGAUUCAGCCAAUCGUAGGAUUACACUUUCAGAAGCAUUCUUAUCGGCGGACGUUGUUCUUAUUACUUUGCAAAAUAUCACCGAAGGUUUGGUUGUUUAUCCCAAGGUCAUUGCAAAACAUGUGGCUCAAGAAUUACCUUUCAUGUGUUCGGAAAAUAUUAUAAUGGCUAUGGUUAAAGCAGGCGGUGAUAGACAAGUAUGCCAUGAAAAAAUUCGAGUUUUAUCUCAAGAAGCUGGUGCACAAGUAAAACAACACGGUCUUGACAAUGAUUUGAUUGAAAGAAUUAAAAAAGAUCCAUACUUUGCUCCGAUACUUGGUGCAAUCGAUGAUUUGUUAAAUCCUUCGACUUUCGUUGGUAGGGCUCCUGAACAGGUUCACGAAUUUAUUAAGGAAGAAGUUCAACCAGUUCUCGAUAAAUACAAGUCACGUAUGAACGAAUCGGUUGAACUGAAUAUUUAAAACAAAAAAUGUUAUUUCUUAAAGUAAUAUUUUUUGUUUUAGAAUACUAAACAAUUCAUAUUAA